GUGCUGCCUUCAUAGCCGCAGUCAGCGUCGGCUACUUCAGCUACCAAUUCGCCGGCUCUGCUCCUUAAGCGGCGUCACGAAAAGUUCACGCGGCUUUUUUUUUUGUACUCUGCAUCAGCUGCCGUCCAAACACACGCCGUUUGUGUUGGGACACUGAAGAAAAUCGUUGUUUUAUCAUCUAAAUAGCCGUGGGAAGUGAAAUUACCCCACACCUUCGUCAUGAAUGCGGAGAUGCGACCAAGUAACACACACGCGGUUCCCAUCAAAAAUAUCGAGCGGGAGCUGAUCUGCCCCAUCUGCAAGGAGCUUUUCACGCACCCCCUCAUCCUACCCUGUCAGCACAGCGUGUGCCACAAAUGUGUCAGAGAGCUACUCAUGCUCAACUAUGACGACUCCUUGGACGGCGGCUCCGAGUGCUCGUUGCCGGGCAGCCCCAGGUCCCGUGUGCCUUCGCCUUCCAUGGAGAGGCUGGACAAGCUGGUGCGAUCAGCCACAGUGCGAAGGUCGCUCGGAAGUCGAGGUAGACGCGGCCUCCGGCUGUUGAGUAACUGUAGUAGUCCACGGAAACGAAGCGGAAACACUGAGAUAAAUCCAGCACUCCUCACUUCUCCCCAAAAACGCUCCAUCUCAUCCCCGGGCUGGCGCAGAGGAUCCGUGACCCCUCGGGUCACCACCAUCGCGUGCCCGGGCUGCCAGCACGACAUCGACCUGGGCGAGCGCGGCAUCAGCAUGCUCUUUCGCAACUUCACUCUGGAGAGCAUCGUGGAGCGCUACCGCCAGGCGGCCCGCGCCGCCGUCGCCAUCAUGUGCAACAUCUGCAAGCCGCCGCAGCAGCAGGAGGCCACCAAGAGCUGCAUGGACUGCAAAGCCAGCUACUGCAAUGAGUGCUUCAAGAUGCACCACCCAUGGGGCACGCCCAAGGCCCAGCACGAGUAUGUGGGACCCACCACCAACUUUAGGCCCAAGGUUCUAAUGUGUCCUGAGCACGAAAUGGAGAAGGUGAACAUGUACUGCGAGGUGUGCCGGCGGCCAGUCUGCCACCUGUGCAAGCUUGGAGGCACCCACGCCAACCACAAGGUCACGUCCAUGAGCAACGCCUACAAAAUUCUCAAGGAGAAGCUGGCCAAGAGUAUCCAUUACCUCAUCAGCAAAGAGGACCAAGUCAAGACUCAAAUUACUGGACUGGAGCAGCUCAUUAGUCAGACAGAGGAAAAUGGGCAGCUGGCAGAGAGGCAGGCCACUGAGCACUUUGACCGCCUGUUCGAGACCCUGCAGGAGAGAAAGUCGGAGAUGCUCAAAUCCAUUGAGCAAUCUCGAAGCCGACGCAUGGGACAGCUCAAAUCACAGAUGGAGGAGUACCAGGGUAUGCUGGAGAACAGUGGCCUGGUGGGCUAUGCUCAGGAGGUACUCAAAGAGACCGACCAAUCGUGCUUUGUACAGACUGCCAAGCAGCUGCAUGUCAGAAUACAGAAGGCCACUGAGUCUCUCAGGACUUUCCACCCGUCAGCUGACCCUUGUUUUGAUGAGUUCGUGCUGGACACGUCCAGAGAGGAGACCCUCCUCAAAGAAUUGUGCUUCGGCGGAGUUCCGGACGCACCAAUGAUUGACCUGUCCAAGAGCAGAGUCUAUAAUGAGGCCACCAUCUUCUGGAGGCUGUCCGACGACCACCAACCCACAGACCAGCACUUGCUGGAGUACCGCAGAUUGGGUGGGCCGAGGCGGUCCCCGACCCAAGAGGAUGGCGUCUGGCAAGCGAUGGAGUGCAUUCACGCUCCCAGCACCACCGUUUCCGGCCUGGAUGCCGACAGCUUGUACGCCUUCAGGGUGCGCACCUGCAGGAACUCCGUGUUCAGCCCUUACAGCCCUGAGGUCACAUUCCAUACACCUCCUGCACCCGCAUUCGACUUCUUGUUCAACGACAAGUGCGGCUUCAGCACGGAGCGUCUGGUGCUCAACAAGCGGCGGGACACAGUGGAAAGCAUGGCCGGCAUGGCCUUCCUGCUCGCCGCGGAUCGUGUGCAGACGGGCAGUUACGUCAGCCUGGACUACAUCAUCGGCGACACGGGCAUCUCUCAGGGAAGACACUACUGGGCCUUCAAGGUCGAGCCCCACUCGUAUAUGGUCAAGGUGGGCGUGGCCUCGGACACAAAGCUGCUGGAGUGGUUUCACAACCCGAGAGACACAAGCAGCCCGAGGUUCGACCACGACAGCGGCCACGACAGCGGCAGCGAAGAUGCGUGCUACGAUCUCUCGCAACCCUUCACCCUUCUCACUGUGGGCAUGGGCAAGCUCUUCAUCCCCAAGACGUCGCCCUCGUCUUCAAGCGCCGCAACUGCCUCGGGUGACCCGGCCAACCGGGCGCUGCCCAUGCCGCAGCGUCUGGGCGUGUGCCUCGAUCACGACGCCGGCCGCGUGUAUUUCUACGACGCCGACAAUAUGCGCUGUCUCUACGAGAGGCAAGUGGACUGCUCGGGGAUCAUGUACCCGGCGUUCGGCCUCAUGGGCGGCGGCAAGGUCCAGCUGGAGGAGUUUGUCACCGCCAAGAGGCUCACCUUCUGAGGGUGACUGGCCCCGCUCAGCGCUCUAUUUGCACCUUUUUAGCGUAGCGAGUUUACUUUUAGCAUGACAUGUGGAAAGAGGGUUUCUUUGAUGGGUUUCAAGCUCAUUGGGGCGGAUUCCAUCAAGGUCUUUGGUCCAAAUUGUAAAACUUGAGCUGGGAUGUUAUGCUCAACAUCAAUAUGACAUUUUUUCAAUCAAGUACGGCAAGCUGGCUUCAAUCAGGGUCUUUGGUCCUAAUUGUGAAACCUGGACUGAUCAACACAAAUAUGACAUACUUGGAGCAGGUUUGAUUCGUCAAGAGUCCUCCUGGCCCUGUUGAGGUGGAGUAGUACCUGUGCUUGUAUGGUGUAAUGAUGACACUUUAGAAAUGAGUUACGGUGAACAGGCUUCAUAAACUAGAGUCCUCCAGGGCUGUUGAGUUGGCUUCUGUCAGUCAGGUCUUCGGUCCGCACGGUGAAACGCUAUUUACAACUAGGUUAUGGUCAACACAAAUAUGAGACUUGAGCAUGAAUUACUUACUUACCUGGGUACUCCAAACCCGUUGAGGCAGAUCUGACUGGGUUCUUUGGUAUAAAUUGUGAAACCUGCGCUAGUAUGAUUGCUAGCAUGAUUGCUAGCAUGCAUUAUAUAUUUUGAGCAGGUCCCCCACCACGCUUAAGACAAGGUCCAUUCGGUUAUAUUUGAUCCAGUAAGGUCUUUGAUCUGAAUUGUGAAAGCUGAGCUGCUGUUCUGGACAAUACAAAUUCUUACGCUUACACAGCCGUCCCUCAGGCGUGUUGAGGCAUCUUGGAUUGAUCCAAGCUGUAAAACCGGAGCUCUACUAUGUUGCGAUCAACACAAAGGUGACGGUUAAGAAUCACUGAGUGCGCUUUAUUAACUAGAGCUUUAUUACCUCGAGCUUUCUCCUGGCCAGUUGAGGCAGAUUUGAACAGGGUUUGGUCCAAACUAAAAAACGAGUUGCUAUUUUACUCGCACAAAUAUGACACUUUGGUACGCCAUUCGCUCAGCAGGGUUUAUUUUUGGUUUGUUUUUAGUUUUCUUCAGUUCAAUUAUCAACCAUCAAACUGUGAAACCCGAGCUGGAAUGUUAUGAUCACACAAAUAUGACAGUUUGGCGUGUGUGACCGACAGGUUUAUUUUGACGAGAGUCCUAUGCUCGUUGACGUGGCUCUCGGUCGGUAUAAUUUCUGAUCAACACUAAGACUGUUGUUGGCGGUGUCUGCGUAUUAGGCAAUGACAUGAAAUAUCCUACCAAAGUUGGGUUUUUAAUUAAUGUUGAAUUUAGCUGCUAAUUUAGUCAGCAGCCAUUUUAAAUCUUUUGUGUUUAACAUGAAAAUGCUUCACUCGUCUUGUUCCAGAGCAGGGUUUCCCAUAUUUGGGCCCGUGAGUGAAUUUUAUCUGGGUCGCCAGUUGUCUGUUGUGUUCUUAAUUCCAAUAAUGGUUAAUUUAUGUACAGUAUGUUUUUUGGGGGGGAGCCCUGCUCCUGACGUUUAAUUGUUGAUCACGUGAUUGGUGGUGAUGUGUAGCAGUUGAAUCUUUUUCUUUGUGGACCUGAUGGGAGAAAGCCUUCGUAGCGAAUCUUUUAGCGCUAGCGCCACGGUGCCUUUCGGUUCAUUUCGGUUUGCUCAACAAUCACUUGACGUAGUUGCACAAUUGUUUUGGAACACUAUCUGUAUCACAUUGCACUCGAGUUCAUUUGAUAACGGUUGUCAAUUUGUUUUGACCACCGAAAACACUUUUUUUUCUUUUUUUCUUACAACACUGUUCAUCACUUAAGUCAUUUAGCAUCUGGACAUCACUCACUUAUGUAUCAGAAUGUCAACACGACACACAAGCAGCCUGAAAAUCUGGUGCUACCAAGCAGCCUUUUAAAACACACCGUUGACUUCCUUCAAUGUCGUAACCACAGUUUACUCUCACUAUGAAAACAAUAGUUCACCUUGGGGAAAUUAAAUGUUGGGGAGCAGCACGGACACUUUCAUGGUUAGUUUUUAUUUCAGGAGGGUGUUAGGGUACCACUGGUGCUUUGCCUAAAAAUAUGACCUACCUCCUUGCUGUCAAGACUGGAUUUUUUUUUUUUUUUUUUUUUUAAUUUAAACAUUUGCAGAUCCACCAUUUUGUUUAAGUCACUUUCAGUGUUCGCCUUCGACAUGCCUUCUCUUUUGACAUCAGGUUAUAUACUGUGUUUAUACAUAAACUGUACACUGGAAACGUCCACUUACAUAUCACUCAAGAGUAGGGUUGUUUUCUGUGCAAGUGUGUUGUAAUGUACGUUCUGACUGCUGUAAAUUCACCCUCUUUUUUUAACAAUACUGGCAACUUGCGGCCCCGUUUUUUUCUCCAACGUGUACAAGUAUCUAUUCUUGAUUAAUUACAAAUAAAUGUUAUUAAGCUUCUUACAUUUGAACUCGUAGAAAUGAUGCAAACAUUUUUUGUUUUUUUUAUUCCACAAAGGGUUUAAACUUGAAUCCUUGAAUCCCCGCUAGGGUGGGGGUGGGUAUGGGUUGGGGGUGGGGGGGACUUCUAUGCAUUUAAAGACUGACAGGGCAGCUUUCACUGGUGGAAUGUAACCAACAGCUGAAUGUCCUUGUUUUCCCCAUUUUGUUUUUGAGUAUAAAAUCGUCAAGAAUUUGAAACCAAAAUUACAGGCAAGCUAAUAAUACAAAGCAAAGCUAGCACGCUGCAUGGCUCAGUGGUAGAGUGGACGUUUUCCCCAAACUUGAGGUUGGUGUUUCCAUCCCUGGCCAUUGCGACCAUGUCAAAGUGUCCUUGAGCAAGAUACUGAACCCCCAGUUGCUCCUGAUGCUGCGUCAUCAGUAGGUGAAUGAGGUAACAGUGUAAAGCGCUUUGUGUACCCGAGGUAGAAAAGCGCUACACUGUAUAAGUGACAGCCCAUUUACCAUUGCAUGUCAGUUACACAUGUAUGCUAACCUAGUGCAAUCAUAUUUAGAUCGAGAAAUGGCUAGCUUUGCUUAGACUGACACUAAAUUGCACUGUUAGUAAUUAAGGUUCCGAUUAAAAUACUAAAUAUGUCAAAUACAAUUACUUUUCUACACGUUUUCCUCAAGUUGCUGGAGGUGGUGGGUACAUGACGUAAAUGUAAGUAGAAUUAUUCUUGGCUGGACUCUUGUGUAUGUGUGAGGACGUCAUUAAAUAAACUGUUGUUUU